AUGAUCACUAAUAACAAUUUUCCUUCGGAUAAAGAAAUAGAAAAAAUUACCAAAAAAGUAUCGGCAUCUAAUUAUCCUUAUAAGAAUUAUAUUUUGCCUUCUAAUGCUAGUUCUACUAGUUCGGCGGAAAAGGCUAAAUAUGAACUUUGCCAAGAUAUAUUAAAAUAUCAACAAGAAAAUAAUCUUUCAGAAACAAAAUUGACCAAAAUGCUUGGGGUUAAUAAAGAUAAAUUAAUCGAUAUUUUAUUCA